UUGAAACGAGGACAAGAUGAGCCUUUUACCUCGCACCGCCGAGGAGUUCAGCUCUGCAGAGUACUGGGAGAGGUUCUUCAAGAAGCGAGGGGAGAGAGCUUUUGAGUGGUAUGGAGACUACAACAAAUUGUGCGGCGUUCUUCACAAAUAUAUCAAAGUGCAGGAUAAGGUUCUGGUCGUCGGCUGUGGUAACUCUGAGCUGAGUGAGCAGCUGUAUGACGUUGGCUACAAACACCUGACUAACAUAGACAUCAGCGAGACCGUAGUGGCUCACAUGAACCAGCGAAAUGCAGAGCGCAGACCAGACCUUACCUUCCAUCAGGUGGAUGCCACCCAGACUCCCUAUGAGGAUGCCAGCUUCCAGGCCGCUCUGGACAAAGGCACUCUGGAUGCAAUGGCAUCUGAAGAGGAAGGAGCUCUGGCCAGGAGGAUGAUCACUGAGGUUGGUCGUGUCCUUAAAGUCGGUGGGCGGUAUGUGUGUGUGACUCUGGCUCAGGAGGCUGUGAUCAAGCUGGCUGUGGAGCACUUUGUUCACAUGGGCUGGGCGGUCAGGCUUCACUGCCUGCAGGAAGAAAGAGGGAAAGAAGAAGAAGACACCUUUGCUCUACCUGUUUUUGUUCUCAUCUGCACCAAGUUCCGCCAACCCAUGCCUACUCCCAUUCUAGAGAUGUGUGUCGGAGAUGAUGGAGCGCCUGUCAGACACACACAGGUGUGUGAGCUUUUGUCUGCUGUGAGGGAGUACCAGGCUUAUUCUGUUCUGAGGAAGAGACUUCGUACAAGCACAGACCCUGGUUCGAGUCUUUCCCUUACGCUCUGUAACGCCAAGACAGGUCUUCCCAGAUACACUGUCACAGUGCAAGAUUGUCCGCCUGGAGCCAAAGUGCCAAGAUCCAACCAAUUUGCUAUAUUUAUAGUACCCAGAGGGAGUGAGACGGCUUGGCUCUAUAGCUCCACUGAGGGCAGGAGGCAGCUGGCUGCCAGCGCCAAUUUUCGUCGCCUGGUUAUUGCUUCAAUGCACAGGAAUCAGGAGUACACAGACAUGCAAGCAGUCCAAUCAGAGCUCUCACCGGUGGUGAUGGACUUGGCUCCACCUGGUAUGCCAACCAACCAGCAGGUGCCGUUUCUGUCAGUGGGAGGGGAUCUCGGUUGGCGAGAAGAAGUCAGCAGGGGUGUGAGUCCGUUCAGUGGGGAGUACUGUGUGGAGAACGUCAGAGGAGAAGAUGGAGAACUGUAUCGCAGGCUCGUGUUCCUGUCCAACAUUUCCUUGGUUCAGUCAGAGAGCCGACUCGUCCCAUCAACAGAAUCAAGUCACAAGAAGAAGAACAAAAAGAAGACCAAGGCAGCAGUUACACCUUCAGCCAGUGUGUCAGUGGACAGCGGCUUCCUGUGCUGUGCUCACCAUGAGGUCAUGGUGGCUGGUCUUUCUAUGCUUGGCUUGGGGACUCCACAGAACAAAGACGUUCCGGUUUCGGUGCUCCUGGUGGGCCUCGGCGGAGGAGGCCUGCCUCAGUUCCUCCGAGACUUUGUGCCUGAUGCUGCCGUCGAGGUAGUAGAAUUAGACCCAGUGGUGCUGGAGGUGGCAAAGGAGUGGUUCGGAUUCCGGCCGGACGAUCGUUUGACCGUCACCCUUGGCGAUGGCCUUGAGCGCAUCUGUUUCCUGGAGAAAGAAGGUGGCCAUUUCUUUGAUGUUGUCAUGUUUGAUGUAGACAACAAAGACAGCUCUGUGGGGAUGAGCUGCCCUCCUGCUGCCUUUGUAGAAACUGCUGUUCUGCAGAAAGUUUUUAAUUUGCUCACUCCUAGAGGUCUGUUCAUAUUAAACCUUGUGUGCCGCGAUCCAGUCCUGAGGAAAGACGUGCUGGAGCGUGUCAAGAGCGUGUUUCCCACUGUGCUCUCUCGAAAGAUCGCCGAGGAGAUCAACGAGGUCCUCCUGUGCUCCCGAGAAGAAAAGAAUGCCGCGCACAUCCUUCCAUCCUUGAGCCAAGCAGCCAAGAAUUUCCAGAGCACGUUGUCCUGUGACAGAACUGAACCCAAACCCAGGCCACUCAUAGACAUUGCAGAGAUGAUAAAAGAUCUAAAACUAGAGUAACUUUUUAAGCACAGGUUUAGACUGAUGGAAAAAAAAAACUGAACAUGCAUUUGUAAUGUAUCACUAAUAAAUAUCGUGUACAUUUUUUCUUUCA